GAAAAGUUUCUAGGCUAGAUACUAUAUGAUAUGAUGUAGAUGCAAAUAAGCGUCUUAGACUCGGUGAAUCAAAGUUAGGUACCUAGUAUUUACGGAAGAUUUCGUUUUACGGCAAUUUAGACAAUCGCGCGCUGUAGAUUACGAAACUGCCAUUCCGUAUCGGUUAUCCCCAAUGGCCCAGACUAAGUCUACAACGAAGCUCCGGCAGAUGCUUGCUGAUCCGGAAAAGACCGUUAUAUGUCCGGGCGUACAUGAUGGACUUACGGCACGCGUGGCGCUGAACGUAGGCUUUGACGCAUUGUACAUGACGGGCGCAGGAACAGCUGCAUCCCGCCUCGGGCAGCCGGACCUCGGUCUUACAACCGUCGACGAUAUGGCGACGAAUGCCGGAAUGAUCGCGGGCCUCGACCGUGCUGUUCCGGUGAUCGCAGAUGCUGACACUGGGUUUGGCGGACCCCUGAUGGUCGCCCGUACCACCGAGAAGUACAUUCUCCAGGGGGUAGCAGCAUUUCAUAUCGAGGACCAAGUGACGACUAAGCGCUGCGGACAUCUCGGCGGGAAGGAGCUCGUUGAUACACUUACAUUCGUAGCUCGCAUCCGGGCCGCUGCCGCUGCGCGCUCGCGUAUGGGCUCGGAUAUCGUCAUUAUUGCGCGCACCGACGCGCUGCAGUCGCGGGGCUACGAGGAGGCGGUUAGCAGAUUAAAAGCCGCCGUGGAAGCUGGUGCCGAUGUAGCGUUUCUGGAGGGGAUGCAGACGAAAGAGCAGAUGGCACAGGUUGUUAAGGAUAUGGCGCCUACCCCGUGUCUUCUAAACAUGGUCAGCGGUGGCGUCACACCUUUGGUCCACGCGCGGGAGGCGAAGGAGUUAGGAUACAAGAUUGUCCUUUGGCCUAUAGCCGGUAUGACAAGCGUAUACAUCGCCAUGCGCGAGUUCUGCCAGGAACUGAAGAGCACGGGUGAGAUAAAGAAUAGGUAUAAGGAAGAUGGGAAGAUCGAUGGAGGUGUGAGGGAUGUGUUCGAACUGUGCGGACUGUCGGCUUGCGUUGAGUUUGAUAAGGAGGUUGGAGGCGCAAGUUUCGCGAAUGGGGCUUGAGAGCUUAUAGGAGUUUUAUGAAAAUAACUAUUCAUUGCGAAGCGGGCAAUAAGGGGUAGAGCCGAGGUAUAUGAUAAUAGUCCCUCAAUCCUAGUCAUCUAGUUACCCCAAUAUAUAUUCGAAGAGAAUACUAAGUCUAUGGUGUAUGGUGAUAUCAAAUAAGCAAGCUUCAUUGCCGUCUAAACACUGCAAUCAUAGAAGCAGAUGAGAUCUCUAGCAAGUAGCGUUCCGCCAAGAUAUACCGUGGCUUUUCCCCUUCGUCUUGUCGUGUGAAAUAUUCAUUCCUAUACCGUGUCCUACUGAUCAAAGGCCACAAAUUUUCUCAUUCAAUAACGAUUGGAGGCCGCACUGGCACGAAGAUAUGUGAUUUGUCACCUGCAAAGCACGCGUGGCUCGCUUCGUUAUGAAAAAUAGAUGAAAGUUUGUUUAAUAGUUUUACGGGACCAACAAACGGAAUGGUCAAAUUCCGGAAGGCAGUGAAUAUAAAUAAAGAGCUACAGUGAGGGACAGAUAUAUGGGCUGCCGUUCUCGGGGGCUAUGCGGCUGACUGGCG